AUGAGUGUCGCUGCUCGUGUUUCCAAAGAAAUGGGUGUGAAACUCGGGCAUGAGUUAGGCUAUUCCAUUCGUUUUGAAGAUUGUACAUCUGAGAAGACGAGUAUUAAGUAUAUGACAGACGGUAUGUUGCUCCGUGAAUUCCUUGGUGAACCAGACCUUUGUAGUUACAGUGUUAUCAUGUUGGAUGAAGCACAUGAGAGGACUGUUACUACAGACAUAUUAUUUGGUUUGGUCAAGGAUGUUGCUCGCUUUCGACCUGACUUGAAGUUACUCAUCUCAAGUGCAACUCUUGAUGCUGAGAAGUUCAGUGAUUAUUUUGAUUCAGCCCCACUAUUCAAGAUUCCGGGGAGGCCUUAUGAGAACCACCUGGUGAUAUUGAUGUUUCUCACAGGACAAGAAGAAAUUGAAACAGUAGAGGAGAUAUUGAAGCACAGGACUAGGGGCCUCAGAACGAAGAUUGCUGAACUCAUCAUAUGCCCCAUUUAUGCCAACCUACCGACACAUCUGCAGAACAAGAUAUUUGAACCUACUCCCGAAGGAGCACGCAAGGUUGUGUUGGCCACAAACAUUGCAGAGACAUCUCUAACGAUCCAGGGGAUCAAAUAUGUUAUAGACCCGGGAUUUGUCAAGAUAAAAUCAUAUAAUCCAAGAACAGGGGUGGAGUCAUUGUUGGUUAAGCCAAUCUCCACGGCAUCAGCAAACCAACGUGCAGGUCGGUCUGGACGAACAGGUCCAGGUAAGUGUUACAAAUUAUAUACAGCUUAUAAUUACCAGGAAUUGGAAGAUAAUACUGUCCCAGAAAUUCAACGAACUAAUCUUGCAAAUGUUGUGCUUACUCUCAAAUGUCUUGGAAUUCAGGACUUGUUGAGCUUUGAUUUCAUGGAUCCACCACCAUCUGAAUCAUUAUUGAAAGCUCUUGAGUUGCUUUGUGCACUAGGUGCUCUGAAUAAGCAAGGUGAAUUGACAAAAGUUGGAAGAAGAAUGGCGGAAUUUCCCCUUGAUCCCAUGUUAUCAAAGAUGAUUGUUGCUUCUGAGAAGUAUAGAUGCUCAGAGGAGAUUAUUAGAAUUGCAGCAAUGCUUUCUAUAGGCAACUCGAUCUUUUACCGCCCCAAGGAUAAACAAGUCCUUGCAGAUAAUGCAAGAUUGAGAUUCAGUGAGGGGGAUGUUGGAGACCAUAUUGCUCUUCUCAAUGUUUACAACGAAUGGAAAUCAUAUGACUAUGGAAGCAUGUGGUGUUACGAGAAUUUUGUUCAGCUCAAGAGUAUGAAACGAGCAAGGAAUAUAAGAGAUCAACUCAAAGGGAUCUUAGAGAGGGUUGAAAUAGAAGUCACAUCUAAUCUGAAUGAUUUGGAAGCAAUCAAAAAAGCUAUCACAGCUGGUUUCUUCCCUCACUCAGCAAAGUUACAGAAAGACGGGUCCUAUAGGACAAUUAAGCAUCCUCAGAUUGCAUACCUUCAUCCUAGUUCAAGCUUAGCACAGAUACAUCCACAGCCAAGGUGGGUUGUAUUCCAUGAGCUGGUUUUGACAACCAAAGAAUAUAUGAGACAAGUAACCGAGCUGAAACCAGAGUGGCUGAUUGAGAUAGCUCCUCACUUCUAUAAAAAGAAGGAUGUCGAAGACUCUGACACAAAGAAAAUGCCACAGGGUAAGGGGCUAUCUGCUUUUAGCUGAAGAAGGAAUGCUUGAGGAGAUGAGUUAUAGAGAUUUAUGUAAGAAUGAAACAUAAUCUAAGAAGCUUAUGCUUCAUAAAUUUGUAUGAACUGAAAUCCUAGAAGGUAAUGAUAUGAAUGAUCACAAAUUUCUGGCACAAUCUUCAAACGUUCAA